AUGCAGGAGCUCCAUGUGAGCGCUGCGUUUGAUUUCAGACAGGCUGACGGUCGCAAAGUCCUGCGGUCGAGCAUCCGCGAGUUCCUAUGCAGCGAAGCCAUGUUCCACCUGGGGAUCCCCACCACGCGGGCCGGGGCCUGCGUCACGUCCGACUCCACGGUGGUGCGCGACGUGUUCUAUGAUGGUAAUCCAAAACAUGAGAGGUGCACGGUUGUGUUGCGUAUAGCUUCCACUUUUAUAAGGUUUGGCUCCUUUGAGAUCUUUAAGCCCGCAGAUGCGCUCACGGGCCGUGCAGGCCCCAGCGUGGGGAGAAACGACAUUCGCGUGCAGAUGCUCGACUAUGUGAUCGGCUCUUUCUACCCGGAAAUCCAGGCCGCCCAUGCCAGUGACAGCGUGCAGAGAAACGCCGCCUUCUUCCGAGAGGUGACACGGCGCACAGCCCGGCUGGUGGCCGAGUGGCAGUGCGUGGGCUUCUGCCAUGGCGUGCUCAAUACCGACAACAUGAGCAUCGUGGGGCUCACCAUUGACUAUGGGCCUUUCGGCUUCCUGGACAGGUACGACCCUGACCACGUGUGCAACUCGUCCGACAACACUGGGCGCUACGCGUACAGCAAGCAACCGGAGGUGUGCAGGUGGAACCUGCAGAAGCUGGCCGAGGCCCUGGAGCCAGAGCUGCCCCUGAAGCUGGGCGAGGCCAUCCUGGUCGAGGAGUUCGACACCGAGUUCCAGAGACACUACCUGCAGAAGAUGCGCCGGAAACUGGGCCUCGUGCACCUGGAGCUGGAUGAGGACGCAGCACUGGCGGCCAGACUCCUGGAGACCAUGCACCGGACUGGUGCCGACUUCACGAACACCUUCUUCUUGCUGAGUUCCUUCCCAGUCGAGCCUGAAUCGCUGGGCCUGGAGGAGUUCCUGGCCACGCUGCUUGCACAGUGCGCCUCCCUGGAGGAGCUAAGACGUACCUUCCGACCCCAGAUGGAGCCCCGGCAGCUCUCGAUGAUGCUGAUGUUGGCGCAGUCAAACCCACAGCUGUUUGCACUUAUUGGCUCACGGGCCAACAUCACCCGGGAGCUGGAGCGGGUAGAGCAGCAGUCCCGGCUGGAGCAGCUGAGUGUGGCCGAGCUGCAAAGCAGAAACCGGGCCCACUGGGUGGACUGGCUCCAGGAGUACAGAGCCCGGCUGGACAAGGACAGGGAAGGUGUUGAGGAUACCACCACCUGGCAGGCCGAGCACACACGUGUGAUGCGUGCCACCAACCCAAAGUAUGUCCUGAGGAACUACAUCGCGCAGAACGCCAUCGAGGCGGCUGAGCACGGAGACUUCUCAGAGGUGCGGCGUGUGCUGAAGUUGCUGGAGACCCCUUACCACAGCGAGGAGGGGACCGCCGCAGAGCCGGAGGCGACCAGCGGGGAGCACACGUACAGCAGCAAGCCCCCACUCUGGGCGGCUGAGCUGUGUGUGACAUGAUCCUCGUAGUGGCCUCGGGCACUCCCCAGCCUGGAGUCUGAGGCCCCCCAGUGCUGCUGAGUUGUUGAGAUGGGGCCAGCCGCCCUCCGCACCCAGCAGGGGCUCCCCCUGCCACGUGUGGCGGCGCAGCGGGCCCACACGCUCGUCUCUCCAUGACGGCAGAGACACCCAGUCAGGACCUGACCUGUCUCUGUCUGACACCGGCUCAGCGACACAACCCAGUCUAGUGCACAGCCCAGCGCUCAGCUCCCCACAGGGCCAUGCCUGGGGGCAUCCUGGCCCCUACAAGCGUGUCUCCCCAGCGCCUCAAUAAACCAGCAGCUUCUUCCCGC